AUGUUGUUUAGUCCGACGGGUGCAUCGGAGUGUUUUCGCGAAUGGGGAGAUUUAGAAAAAGACUACCAACAAAUUCAGGACACGCAUCGUCUGUACAGAGUAAAGCUUGAGGAAGUCAACAAAUUGCAAAACAGCUGCACUUCAGCCAUCUCACGUCACCGGAAGAAACUACAAGAUCUCUCGGCGUCACUAGAACAAUGCAAAGUAAAGCACCCGGAGCAAAAGUUAACUCCAGAGGAAAUGGGAUCCAUCGCCGACAUCCAGGUGGCGAUAGACGAGCGAACCAACGCUUUUUCUGAGAUGGAAGCUUUUCUGCCAAAGAAAAAUGGGUUAUACCUCACUCUGGUUUUAGGGAACGUCAACGUCACCCUCCUCAAUAAGCAGUCAAAAUUUGCCUACAAGGAUGAAUAUGAAAAAUUUAAGCUGGUCCUCACCGUCAUCCUCUUCCUCUUCUCUUUCACGUGUCGCUUUUUGUUCAGCUACAGAGCAUUAGACGCCCUUUUUAAUUUCCUCCUGGUGUGGUACUACUGCACGCUCACUAUCCGUGAGAGCAUUCUCAUCAACAACGGUUCAAGGAUCCGAGGCUGGUGGGUGUUCCAUCAUUAUGUGUCCACCUUCUUGUCCGGGGUCAUGCUCACAUGGCCCGAGGGGACACUCUACCAAAUGUUUCGGAACCAGUUCCUCUCAUACUGCCUGUACCAAAGUUUUGUCCAGUUUUUACAAUACUACUACCAAAGCGGCUGCUUGUACAGACUACGAGCUCUCGGAGAACGACACAACAUGGACCUGACCGUUGAGGGUUUCCAGUCGUGGAUGUGGAGGGGGCUGACUUUCUUGCUGCCCUUUUUGUUCUUUGGUCAUUUCUGGCAGCUGUACAACAGCCUCACACUUUUCAAGAUGUUCCAGCUUCCAGAAUGCAAAGAGUGGCAGGUGGCAAUGUGCGGCUGCUCCUACAUGACUCUCUUCCUGGGCAACUUCUUCACCACGCUGGGAGUGGUGUACCACAAGUACAUGAUGAACCAAGACAAGCCCAAGUCCUUUUAG